ACAUCAUGAUUAAUGACGUCAGUGUAAAUCCGUCUCAACGGAUGUCGAAGCAGCUAACGUCAAACAACUUCAGCUACAACACGGUUCGGUGCUGUUCUUCCUAGAAUAAGCGGUAAACGCGACCCACGCAGCUUUGAUCACCGUCAACGUAGCCGAGCCAUCUGUGAGCCCAGAUCUCUGGCCAGUAUGUCCAGUGACCCUCCCCCUCCGUACCCUGGAGGUCCCAGUGCCCCCCUCAUUGAGGAAAAGAAUGGACAACCUGAAACAGUAAGAACUACUCAGCCACAAGGACAGCCCCUACUUCCCGAUUAUGGCCCUCCCCCCUAUGAAGGUCCACAGCCAGGCUUCCUACCGCCACAUGUUCCAGGAGAAGGGCCCAUGCCCAUGCCUAUGCCUCCACCAAUGCAAGGUAUGGCCUACCCACCACCUCCAGGUCACUUUGCUCAUCCAAUGCCUCCACCAAUGCAAGGUGGGCCAUACCCACCACCACCAGGUCACUUUGGUCAGCCAGUUCCGGGACAGAUGGGUCCGGGCCCCGGUCACUUUGUCCACGUGGGAAGUCACACGGCGACCGUCCUGGCUCCUCCGGGUGCAGCCACCACUGUGACGGUACUGCAGGGUGAAAUGUUCCAGACGUCGCCGGUGCAGACUGUGUGUCCGCACUGUCAGCAGGCCAUCAUCACCCGCAUCUCUCAUGAUGUCGGGCUCAUGAACACACUCUUCUGCCUCUUCUGUUUCUUUGUAGGGUGUGACCUUGGCUGCUGCUUGAUUCCCUGCCUGAUUGAUGACCUCAAGGAUGUGACACACACCUGUCCUAACUGUAAGGGCUACAUCUACACAUACAAGCGCAUCUGCUAACCACCGACAGUGUUUCGCCACAGAGCCAUGUAUGUGCACACACUCAAAACUCUCAGCUCCCCCUGCUGGUAAUGACAGCAGCCUCCACCCUUCGCCCCAUUUUUGCAUAGUGUUGUCCCCUUCUUAUAGUAAAUAAAGUUGUCUCAUAAACCCACAGGAUAAUUGCUGUAUAUACCUUCCACAUUCUUCUAAAAUGUUUAAACAAGGAUUUAAAAUGUACAAAACCUCUGAACUGACAAAGGGCGUUAAAAGAACCAUGAAAUAAAAGGCUGCAGUCGCACACAGACUGCUGUAAGCCUACAGACAUUUUUUUAUCUUAUGCAUGGAGAAGAAAAAAAAAUUGAGUUAGCCUCAUUUAGCAAAAGCUGUGAAAUUGCUUAUUUCGUUUGAAUUCUUAUGUUAAUGCUACCCAGUCUGAGUUGGUGUUUUUUUUUUUUUUGGUCUCAUCUUAAAAUAUUUCCCAACAUUUAUGUUAACUAACCCAAUUUUGUCUGUAUAUCAUAUUUUCCUCAUGUAUAUUUGUCUUGUUUCCACUGAUUUAACGAGACCCAAUUAUAAAUUUAAACGGAUAUUUAUAUUACAUGCUAUAUUUAUUUUUGUUUAGUCACUCAAUGUUCAGUGACUUGCUGCUUUUCUGUUACCAGCUCUCUGUCCAUUUUGUGUCUCGUUUUAAUAAACUUAACAUUUGCACUUUAUUUUAAACUCCACUGCUAACCCUUUUGUUGUGAAAAUGUAAUGAAAAAUAUUAUUGGGCUUUUAACUGAGUGAAUCUGACUGUAUGUGCACUAAUUGAAAACAUAUUGAAGGUGGCAGAUGUGUUUUUGUCACUGAUUUAAAAAAACAAACUGCAUGACAUCUUAGUAAAUGACUUCAUGUUGGCAGGAUGCACUUCUACAGAUUGUAGAUUCAAUAUAACCCAAAAUAGAACAUUGUAAGAAAAAAUUUGAGCAAAUUCAACAAUGGCUCAUGUUCUUUAAGACUAGGUGCAUUGCUCAGAUGCAUGUUAGAUGACAUACUUUUAAGCUUCGAUUAAGAUUAAAAAUAUUGCAAAUCAACUUCCACUGAAUUGUCUGCUGCCAGUAAAUGAUCAGUGUACCAUCACUGCAUGCCCAAUCCUUUGUUCACUAAUGCCUAUCAAGAGUUCAUCUGCUUGAUUUUUACUUUAAAAAAGUUAUUCUCCUGAUUAGCUCCCUGACUAAAUGUGCAACUGACUUUUUUUUUGACUGACAAAUCAGUGUAAAACCUUUGAGCUGAAAGAUUGCAACAAAAUGUUCUUAUUGUGAAAACUGCAUUGCUAUAAUGUCUGUGAUAAUGUACAACAAUGUAAGACAGUUUACUUAACUGUUGUACACAGGUAAUAUUUUAUCAAUAAAAGUCAUAAAGAAAUCUCUUAUCU